AUGCGCAGGGGUGCCGACGAGGACGAGGACGAGGACGAGCUGCGGGAGCUAAGGAAGGCGCGAGCAGCUCGAGGAAGAGACGAUGGACCUGAGGACCUGGGAGAGGCUGCCUUCGUACCCAAGGUCAACAGGAAGGAGGCAGCAGGAGGAGCAGGGGGAGCCGGCGGAGCCGGCGGAGGCGGGCGUGGAGGACCUGAAAGGCCGAUAGGGGCCAUGAAGGGUCCACAGAGGAAGAGCCAGGAGGACGAGGACGAGGACGAGGACGAGGAUGAGCCGCAGGUUGUGGGGGAGGUGCCGGUCGAUGAGGUAGAGGUUGCAGUAGCCAACGACGAUCUUCGGCUUCAGUUCCCCAUGUCGUUCGCCCCUGGCAGGCACGUGGAUCAGCGGGUGAGGAAGGUGAAGGAGGAGGAGGACCUCGAUCUCAGCAAGGUCCACCAGCAGCUCAAGCGCAUGCCAGACGGGAAGGAAGAUCUCAAGAAGAUGAUCGACGAGGCAGAGGCUGCGGCCAAAGGAGCUCUGAAGUCGCAGUAUCCCUCGCAGGAGGAGGCCGUGUCGACCAUGGCGUUGGAUCCCGCAGCUGCUCGUCUCCUGACAGGAGGAUUCGACUGCAAGAUCAGGAUGUGGGACUUCAACGGGAUGAACAACACUCUCAAGUCCUUCAGGGAGCUGACGCCCUACGAGGGUCAGACCUUGCGAUCGAUCCAGUACACGGCAACAGGGGAUCGGUUCCUGUGUGCUACGUCGAAGAAUACUGCUCUCAUCUUCACCCGAGAGGGAGCAAAGCAAGCUGAGUUCCAGAAAGGAGACAUGUACGUGCACGAUAUGUCGCAGACCAAAGGGCAUGUUUCCUCCAUCACAGUGGCAAGAUGGAGUCCGGUGUCGAAGAAUCACUGUAUGACGGCAGCCAUCGACGGGACAGUGAGGAUAUGGGAUGUCAACACUUGUGAUAAGAAGCAGAUGACUGUCAUCAAGUGCAAGACUGACAGAGGCGACAUCGUAGCAGCAUGCGAUGAUGGCUGUAUCAAGAUCUGGGACGGAAAGGCGAUUUCCCGCGGAUCGACCCAGAGGGCCCACAAUGAGGCCAAGGGGGCCCACCAGCCAGGCACGGAGCCGUCGAGCGUGUGUGUGUCAGCGGACGGGAACAUGAUGCUUUCUCGAGGACGAGACGACACUCUUAAGGUGUGGGACAUGCGGAAGCUGAAGGAGUCGCUUGCUGCCUUCACCGAGCUCGACAACUACUUCGAGACGACAGAGGCGAUCUUCAGUCCCGGAGAUCACUUGUUCCUGACGGGAUCCUCUGUGAAGAAGGGCAAGGAUGGCACUCCGCUGGGUGCUGGGCACGUCCAUGUGUAUGAGAAGAACACGCUGAAGCCCGUCAAGACUCUGAGCGUUCCUUCCGGCUCAGUUGUCAGCCUCCUCUGGCAUCAGAAGAUAAACCAGCUCAUCGUCGGGACUGCCAUGGGACAGGCUCACAUCCUGUACGACCCGCGCAAGAGCGAAGCUGGUAUCAUGCGCGCAGUAGGAAAGCAGCCCAAGAAGGCUGACAUCACCAACGUUGGCAUUGGAACGGUGGGGCAUAUCUACACGCCUCAUCCCUUGCCCAUGUUCCGUGAGGGCAGGUAUGCAACAACCUCGAAGCAAAAGCGAAAGGAUCGUGCGGAUCCUGUCAAGGCUUACCUCGAACAAGAUCCUCGUGAAGCUCUGCUCAAGUAUGCUGAAGUUGACAAGAAUCCUGAGUACAUGGGGGCAUACAAGGAGACACAACCAGAGCCCAUCUUCGAUUACUCGGAGGAGAGAAAGGAGAAAAGAGCUAAGCCCUACUUCUACUAGAAAUGCCUCUGGCGUUGUACUGCAAGCCCGCUGGAUCUUAAAGAGUCAACACAAAAUUAUCUCAGUUCCUUUGGAUCAAACUCGGAUCCCACAACGAGCUUUCUACCCUUCUUCUUCACUCGGAGAUAUUUACAUGCCUGUUUGUCUUUCCAUCCUUUUCCCAUCACAUCUCAUCCGUCCUUCUCACUCAGCGCUAGCAACGCUUCUUCCAGCGAGGUUCCAAACUUCUGCACAUACGCCUUGCUAGUCUCCGACAAGAGAGCGUGCAAGCUGUCGAAGUCCUUCAUCUUGAGCUGGCGAGAGCAUUCUUCAAUCCGGUAGCCAUUGACAGACACGCUAACGACAAGCUCUAUUCCUUCAAGAGUCUUGAUCUUCAACGCUGGCACUCCGCUACAACCGCUGAUCUCCAUCUCCAACCUCUUAAUCGACUCCACUCGAGGCUUCACUUCUGUGAUCGACGCUACAAUGUCUUCAUCGAUCGCCU